AUUGACUUCGAGGUGGUUUUAAAAGUUUCAAGUUGUUCAGCACUUCCUUCUUUUGCUUGUUGGUGGCUAGACCUCUUCAGCAAUGAUUACAUCAGAGUUACCAGUGUUACAGGACUCAACUAAUGAAACUACUGCACAUUCAGAUGCUGGCAGUGAACUGGAAGAAACAGAGAUCAAAGGAAAAAGGAAGAGGGGUCGACCUGGCCGGCCUCCAUCUACAAAUAAGAAACCUCGAAAAUCUCCUGGAGAGAAGAGCAGAAUUGACGCUGGAAUUAGAGGGGCAGGCCGUGGAAGAGCUAAUGGGCACCCGCAGCAGAAUGGGGAAGGGGAACCCGUUACAUUAUUUGAGGUGGUGAAACUGGGGAAAAGUGCAAUGCAGUCUGUGGUGGAUGACUGGAUUGAAUCCUAUAAACAAGACAGGGACAUCGCACUUCUGGAUUUAAUCAACUUUUUUAUCCAGUGUUCAGGAUGUCGAGGUACUGUGAGAAUAGAGAUGUUUCGAAAUAUGCAGAAUGCAGAAAUCAUCAGAAAAAUGACGGAAGAAUUUGAUGAGGAUAGUGGAGAUUAUCCCCUUACCAUGCCUGGACCACAGUGGAAAAAAUUUCGUUCAAACUUUUGUGAAUUUAUUGGAGUCUUGAUUCGACAAUGUCAAUAUAGCAUAAUUUAUGAUGAGUAUAUGAUGGACACAGUAAUUUCUCUUUUAACUGGUUUGUCAGACUCCCAGGUCAGAGCUUUUAGGCAUACAAGUACCCUUGCUGCCAUGAAGCUCAUGACUGCCUUGGUGAAUGUUGCCUUAAACCUCAGUAUUCAUCAGGAUAAUACGCAGAGGCAGUAUGAAGCUGAGAGAAAUAAAAUGAUUGGAAAGAGAGCCAAUGAAAGGUUAGAAUUACUACUUCAGAAACGCAAAGAGCUACAAGAAAAUCAGGAUGAAAUUGAAAAUAUGAUGAACUCUAUUUUUAAGGGUAUAUUUGUUCAUAGAUACCGAGAUGCCAUAGCGGAGAUCAGAGCUAUUUGUAUUGAAGAAAUUGGCGUAUGGAUGAAGAUGUAUAGUGAUGCCUUCCUAAAUGACAGUUACCUAAAGUAUGUUGGCUGGACUCUUCAUGACAGGCAAGGAGAGGUCAGGCUGAAGUGUUUGAAAGCUCUGCAAAGUCUGUAUACCAAUAGAGAAUUAUUCCCCAAAUUGGAGUUAUUUACUAACAGAUUCAAGGACCGUAUUGUAUCAAUGACUCUUGAUAAGGAAUAUGAUGUGGCUGUGGAAGCGAUUAGAUUAGUUACUCUGAUACUUCAUGGAAGUGAAGAAGCUCUUUCCAACGAAGACUGUGAGAACGUUUACCACUUGGUGUAUUCAGCACACCGUCCUGUUGCCGUGGCUGCUGGAGAGUUCCUGCACAAAAAACUGUUCAGUAGACAUGACCCUCAAGCAGAAGAAGCGUUAGCAAAGAGGAGGGGACGGAACAGUCCCAAUGGGAACCUUAUUAGGAUGCUCGUUCUUUUCUUUCUCGAAAGUGAGUUACAUGAACAUGCAGCCUACUUGGUGGACAGUUUAUGGGAAAGCUCUCAAGAACUUUUGAAAGACUGGGAGUGUAUGACAGAGUUGUUAUUAGAAGAACCUGUUCAAGGCGAAGAAGCGAUGUCGGACCGUCAGGAGAGUGCUCUCAUAGAGCUGAUGGUUUGUACGAUUCGUCAGGCCGCUGAGGCACAUCCCCCAGUGGGAAGGGGCACCGGCAAGCGGGUGCUAACUGCCAAGGAGAGGAAAACACAAAUUGAUGAUAGAAACAAAUUGACUGAGCAUUUUAUCAUCACGCUUCCUAUGCUGUUAUCAAAGUAUUCUGCAGAUGCAGAGAAGGUAGCAAACUUGCUACAGAUACCACAGUAUUUUGAUCUAGAAAUCUAUAGCACUGGUAGAAUGGAAAAGCAUCUGGAUGCUUUAUUAAAGCAAAUCAAGUUUGUUGUGGAGAAACAUGUAGAAUCAGAUGUUCUAGAGGCCUGCAGUAAAACCUAUAGCAUCUUAUGCAGUGAAGAAUACACCAUCCAGAACAGAGUUGACAUAGCUCGAAGUCAGCUGAUUGAUGAGUUUGUAGAUCGAUUCAACCAUUCUGUGGAAGACUUAUUGCAAGAGGGAGAAGAAGCUGAUGAUGAUGAUAUUUAUAAUGUUCUUUCCACAUUAAAACGGUUAACUUCUUUUCACAAUGCUCAUGAUCUCACAAAAUGGGAUCUGUUUGGUAAUUGCUACAGAUUAUUAAAGACUGGAAUUGAGCAUGGAGCAAUGCCAGAACAGAUAGUUGUACAGGCGCUGCAGUGUUCCCAUUACUCAAUUCUCUGGCAGUUGGUGAAAAUUACCGAUGGUUCUCCUUCCAAAGAGGAUUUGUUGGUAUUGAGGAAAACCGUGAAAUCCUUUUUGGCUGUUUGCCAACAGUGCCUAUCUAAUGUUAAUACUCCCGUGAAGGAACAGGCAUUCAUGUUGCUCUGUGACCUUCUGAUGAUUUUCAGCCACCAGUUAAUGACAGGUGGCAGAGAGGGCCUUCAGCCUUUGGUUUUUAAUCCAGAUACCGGACUCCAAUCCGAGCUACUCAGUUUUGUGAUGGAUCAUGUUUUCAUUGACCAAGACGAGGAGAACCAGAGCAUGGAGGGUGAUGAAGAAGAUGAAGCUAAUAAAAUUGAGGCCUUACAUAAGAGAAGGAAUCUCCUUGCUGCCUUCAGCAAGCUUAUCAUCUAUGAUAUUGUUGACAUGCAUGCAGCUGCCGACAUCUUCAAACACUACAUGAAGUAUUACAAUGACUAUGGUGAUAUUAUUAAGGAAACAUUGAGUAAAACCAGGCAGAUCGAUAAAAUUCAGUGUGCCAAGACCCUCAUCCUCAGUUUACAGCAGUUGUUUAAUGAACUUGUUCAAGAGCAAGGUCCAAACCUUGAUAGGACAUCUGCCCACGUCAGUGGCAUUAAAGAACUGGCACGUCGAUUUGCCCUUACGUUUGGACUGGACCAGAUCAAGACACGAGAGGCAGUUGCCACGCUUCACAAGGAUGGCAUAGAAUUUGCCUUUAAAUACCAAAAUCAGAAAGGACAAGAAUACCCACCUCCUAACCUGGCUUUCCUUGAAGUAUUAAGUGAAUUUUCUUCUAAACUUCUUCGACAGGACAAGAAGACUGUACACUCCUACCUGGAGAAGUUCCUCACCGAGCAGAUGAUGGAGCGGAGGGAGGACGUGUGGCUCCCACUCAUCUCCUACCGAAACUCCCUGGUCACUGGCGGGGAGGACGACCGGAUGUCUGUCAACAGUGGGAGCAGCAGCAGCAAAACGUCGUCAGUGAGGAACAAGAAAGGACGACCUCCGCUUCACAAAAAGCGAGUGGAAGAUGAGAGCAUGGACAACACAUGGCUAAACAGGACGGACACCACCAUUCAGACCCCAGGCCCCCUGCCGGCGCCACAGCUCACGUCCACGGUGCUGCGGGAGAACAGCCGGCCCAUGGGCGAGCAGAUGCCGGAGCCGGAGUCCGAGCACGGCUCAGAGCCAGACUUCCUACACAAUCCUCAGAUGCAGAUCUCUUGGUUAGGCCAGCCGAAGUUAGAAGACUUAAAUCGGAAGGACAGAACAGGAAUGAACUACAUGAAAGUGAGAACUGGAGUGAGGCAUGCCGUGCGGGGUCUGAUGGAGGAUGAUGCGGAACCCAUCUUUGAAGAUGUGAUGAUGUCAUCCCGGAGCCAGUUAGAAGAUAUGAAUGAAGAAUUUGAAGACACCAUGGUUAUUGAUCUGCCCCCUUCGAGAAAUCGGCGAGAGCGAGCUGAGCUGAGGCCGGACUUCUUUGACUCUGCAGCUAUCAUAGAAGAUGAUUCAGGAUUUGGAAUGCCGAUGUUCUGAAGUCUGAAGACAUUUUACAAAUCUGGAACUCUAUUAUUUAGAGCUAGAGGCCUAUAUACUGUGAUAGCUUGUAUGGGGGAAAAAAACACUUUUGAUGUGGUUGUAUUUGUUUUUUAAUCGAAUGAUUGCGGUCAGCCCCUUUUUGCAGUGACAGAGAAGAGGAGCAUGUACAUUACCCAAGGGAACGCUGGCGAUGAUGUCACCUCAGAAAGACUGGCCCGAAAAUCAUUUGUGUCCUCACAUUGGACUCACCCCAAAUACAGAUGAGUGUGUUUUUCUGGAGGGAGGAAAAAAAUUUUAAAUUUUUAAAAACAGCCGUCAAGAUAAACACUGUUAUACACCUGUUUUAUGAAAACUCGGCACUGAGUGAAAAAAAAAAAUAUUUUUAACUUUAUUUUCCUGUUGUACAAUUUAAAAACCGUUUUAACAUUUUGCCUUUUUAUGUUUUAAGAGCUAACCAUUUUUAUUAAAUUUCCGAGUAAGCGGCUCUUCCUAAGGCUGAGGCGUGUCCCGGCCGGAGCGCACUGGAUUCGGCCGGCCUCGUGGAGCACAGAAUGGGGAGCAGAAGGUUGGAAAAGCAGGAGGCUCUCCUGACACAGUGUAUCUAUCUGCCAAACCCGCAAACCCUCUGUGGAUACGGAUAGACUUCCCAGAUUUUAUAUACUCUUUAAUAAAAAGGUUUAUUUUUAUUUAUAAAGGGCACAGAGUAAGACAUGCCCUUGCAGCCAUUUUCCAGCAGAUGCUGUGCACCAUUCAUUUUCUAGAGAACAGGGAGUGUCAAAUACAGUACAUUUUCUAUUGGUAUUUGUUCUGUGCAUUUUUAGCAACUUCUACCAGCAAAUAAAGUAUUCUCAGUAAAACAAAUGGUUCUCAAGUUAUCGGUUUGCUGUUUCUACCACUCUCAUGCCCCGCCAAAUUCCUAUUACAAAGACUUCCAUUUUCUUAAGAGAAUCAUGAAGAAAUUCUAAUCACUUCGCCAUUUAAAAAUACUUUUAAGUGUAACAUAAAUGUGUCUACUUCCCAUGCACUUAAUACCCUUAUGCGCUAAUUUUGUGAAUUAAUUUUACCAAUUAAUAGAAGUCUGUGCUGCAUAGAAGUCUGUGCUUAGAGGGUGAAGUUUUCAAGCUUACCUUGAAAUACAGCUACAUCUCAGUGUUAAAUGUGCAUAUUAAGAAUAAUUCUUUUGGAGAAAGAAAUUAUGAAUCUUCAGGACAGUCUUUGAUGGUUUAGAGUUACAAUCUCUUUGGACUUUCAUGACCUGCUGCUAUUGUUGUUUAAAAAGCCCCAGUCAGCCCCUUCCUUUAACAUUUUUAAAGCAAGCCUCCGUUUCUAAACCGAUCCAUCCACAGCUGUUCUGGGCUGGUUUUUAAUGUAGCUGCCACAGAAUCAUGAGGCUUUCUCUUUACCAAAAAAUGAAAAGCGUUUUUAAAAAAUUCUGUAUGAUUAUCUUUUGUGAGGUAAAUCAGAAUUAAUUUUAUUCAUUCUUUAGUAAACAGACAAAAUUUUUCUCAACAUUUGUACAGUUCAGAAAAAACUUGGGUCACCAAAAAACCCACAAAACCCCCCAUUAAUCUGCUAAAUCAGCAGUUCCUGGGCUCCUACUGGGAGCCAGGGUGUCAAAUAACAGGCUUCACUGGAAGAGAAGGGUCAGGAGUGAUCAGACUGCCCCCACGCCAGCCCUGUCUAUGGCUCUGGCCAGGGACCUGGCACAUCCACAGACUAGUCUUGGGUGACAGUCUUGUGUGGAAAAGAAAUGCUCAUUUAGGAUUGCAGACACCAUACAACCAAGGAAGGCUUAAUAUCUACUCCAAUGAGUUUCCAGUUCAGUUUGAGUCAAACCAAUUUUUGUAUUUUCAGUGUCUCCUUGAUUGGUUUUGCUAGUAAUUCUGUAAAUUGUACAUUUGCAAUAUGAAGUUUUUUUUCCUUUUGUACAAUUUGAAACUGAUGCUUCACCUUUCCUUUAAUAAACUGUUCAAAA